GUUUUGACAAUCGGCCGUGCUCCGCGAUCGUCGAGCUGGUUGUACAUAUAUAUGCCUAACAUCACUCCCAAGCAACGCAAAGGAUCCUUUGAUCAUCCAUAUUAUCCGAUCAACAUUGUGAACAAAUCAUCCACAACUACAGCUGCAUCAACCAACAAUAACAACAACGACAUCACUACCACCAACAACAUCACCAUGUCUUCCCCCAACCAAGUCCCCAAAUCCGGCGCAACCACUUUCGGCGACCGCAAAGGCUCUGGAACCUUAUUCUCCGGCAUCGAACACUACAAGCGACAAGACGGUCCUGCUGCGAAGCAACGCCGCGAUAGCUUGAAGGAUAUGCAGCCCAAACCGGGAUUUAUCGCAAACUUGUGGAAUAACACUUUUAAGGGAGGUGAUUUGAAGUAGUACUUCCUCGUGGUGCUUAAAGAGAUGGGAAAGGGAAAGGGAAAGGGAAAUGAUAUGAUAUGACGUUUUAUACCUAUGAUGAUGUGUUCAUGAAUAUGAGGAUUGGAAAGAGAAUGUUGUAUGAAUAUUUACCGUAUACCUUAGCGAAGGUGUGAUGGAAGGGUGCUUUUUGGGAGACAUAUCAUCAUGUUGGAGAUAUCUCUCAGGAUUGUAUUGUUGUGGUCACAAGUCAACAACCAACCUCCAAUGUGGUUGAGGAAUGAAAUAGGAUGAAAAUCAGAUUUCGUCUCA